AGAGAGAGAGAGAAGCAUAGUAGAAAAAGGGGGUUGUGUUCACUUUCCCUUCUCCUGCUGAGAGGUGUGUGGCUCUGCACAGGGAUUUUACAUAAAGGAAAGAGGAGAGAAAGAAAGAGAAACUGCUGGAAAGAGCUGGACAUCUUUCUGAGGACAUUCUAAUCGUUUUGAAGAGGGAUUAUUGUUGAUUCAGCAUUUCCCAACAGCACGAGAAAUCCAAACAAGUGGCACAUUUGACUGACAUCUCCUGAUGAGAAAGAGUGAGAAUUUUCAGGACUGAUGGGGAAUUAAAGGCAGGAAUGAUUUUUCUUCUGCAGACUUUCCACUGAUGAGACUUCAAAAGAUUCUGAGGAGAUUUUUGGAUCUUUGAUGCUUGUUGGACAACAGAAACUCCAGCCAACAGAUUCCCUGGAUAAGUCUGAACAUUUACCAAUUCAUCUUUAAAAAUAUGCUGCAGACUACCUGGUUCCUUCUCAAACAAAUACCACAUUUCCAGCUAUUCUGUGGACUUUUGCUCCAUUCCCAUCACCACAACUCACAUCACGACUAGAGAACUUGUUGCUGCUGCUUGUUUUCACACAGUGAAUGUUCAGAGAAGCAGAGACUCCAGAUCCAAAUGUUGACAUGAACUGAAUCUCUGAUUGUUUUCUUCACCUUUUAUUGAAUGACCUGAAGCCCAGAGGGAGAGUGACUGGGAAGAAGACUCAUUCACAUUUCUUCCGGCGGCUCACCUGUUCAUCAGCCGCUAUUUUUAGACCUGAGACUGAGGUGAGAGAGAGGCUGAGGCACAAAGAGACAUGGCACAGAAGGAAGGCGCCACAGAGCAGGGCUGUGUCAAAACAGAAGACAAUGUUGGGGGGAAAGCCAUGGCCGGGGGCCUCGCGGCGGGCGGAGGAGUGGUGGUGGAGGUCAGGGAGAAGAAGGGACUUCUGCGGGCUGCGAUACCCACAAUGCCUUUCCCUUUGGCUGUCAUCUGUCUUUUCCUGAACACCUUCAUACCAGGACUUGGUACUUUCAUCUCAGCCUUCACGGUGCUGUGCGGCGCUCGCAGCGACCUGAUCUCGGAGCGAGGCGUCUGCUGUGUGUUCUGGCUCAACGUGGCAGCGGCCUUCAUCCAGAUCCUGACGGCUGUCAUCAUGGUCGGCUGGAUCAUGAGCAUCUUCUGGGGGAUGGACAUGGUCAUCCUCGCAAUUUCUGAUGGCUGCAGAGACCAAGGAAUCCCUCAAGACGUCUGAGAGCUGGUACUCUGGUUUUUUUCCUUUUUUUUUUUUUUUUUUUUUUUUUUUUUUUUUUUUAAAACAGUUUGCCCUCUCCACCAUCCCCGAAGCCGAGCGGCCUCCUUCACGUUCUCAAAGACCUGCAGCCGGCAGCGGAAAGAGGCACAAACUAAACUGAAAUACAACCGAGAAGCUACUCCUCGUGGGAGUUUGUGAUCACGAGCUGCCGACUGGGCGACGCUGAGGGGGAGAUUCCAUUCACAGGUUUAAGGAGCGGGAUGGGAAAGCAGAGACUUAAAAUGUACCGUCACAAAAAAAAAAGAAAAAAAACACGAACAAGAGAAAGAAUGUGUUUAUAUCUUGUUGAGUUGUACAACAGUGAUCUUUGGAUUUUGCCUUUUAAGCUUUGUUAUCUAGUUUAUUUCCAUAAAAAAAACAAUAAAACCACUGAAUCUUGAGAGGAUGGAGCUAAUACAGACAAUUUAUUUGCACGAGGUUGGUUCAGUAAAGUCUUUAAAACUCCAAAACAAAUCCUUCAGUUGGGAAAACGAAGCUGAACUGAACAGCCUGGCCCGGCGGACCCCUCCGCCGGCUGUGGUGUAGCGUGUCAGCGGGGUCGCGGUCACAUGGUCUGAGUGUUGUUUCUCAGGCUAACUAUAGCGUUAACCUCUGUGUGUUGUGGUGGCGUUUUCAUUUCAGCGUCUAUUUCUGGCUCCUUGUUGCCGCUCGGGGUUAAAAUAGCUUUCUCGAUCGAAAUCUUUCACGUACUCAAUCGACCUUUUUUAAAUAUACACCGUCCGGUCGACUCAACGUCUGGUCAUACGUGCAUGUGACAGUAAAAAGAAGAAGACUGGAUUAAGAGGGAGUAAUUAUUUGUAAUCAAAACCAACACGGUGGUGUGCAAGUGUGCAAUAAUAUCUGUAUUAAAAGUUACUCACCUUUAUACCGCUCUAAAUGUGUAAAUGAGCACCAGCAGGAUCUCACACAUUAUUCAGCCGCUACGCCUGAUUAACAGCUCUCAAAAUAUCAGCGUCCAUUAGCUGUCACCCAAGUCCUCAGCGUUUCUGGCGCAAUGCUGCAAAGAUAGAGCCACAGAUUUGUACCAGGCUUAAAUAAAACUUACAUUUGCUGAUCAGUGUCAGUGUUUCUGGAGUGGCUCUGAAAUGAUUACUAAGCUGAUUCGCUGCUUUUGGCUCACGAGCAUAAAGUGUGCACAUUGUGUAUCAAUCUAUAAAUGGCUGUGUGACAGUGUAAUGGGUAUUUGCGCAGGCCUUGUUCAGCCCUGUAAGAGCGUCUUUGGCUGCAGAGAGCAGAAAUGUGUAAACAAAUCCAUCGCGGACACAACUCAGGAACUCACCGUUUUGUUGAUCCAAACAAACGAGGAAUUUCCCAUGAUGGCCCGUCGACAUUCUCAUGCGCUGCUGCAUUAUUGGCCUGCUUCCAUGAAAAAUAUCGAACCGUAUCAAAUGUCAAACGGCCCGAAAGG